AUGCGAGUUGGCGAUAUUGAUACAUUGAAUGAACGUUAUUAUGCUGAAAUACUUUUCGAAGCUUCUUGGGAAGAACCGAAACUCAAAGGUCUACAUAAGAAAUCUUUCGAUCCAAUGGUCUAUUGGACGCCACAACUCGAAUUAGUGAAUGGCAUCGGUGAACUUCAUGAUACGAUAACUUACAGUGUUCGUCAUGAUCGGCAAGGUAUUGCUACUGUGACUGAGCAUCAUAAAUUGAAAGGCACAUGGUGGGAAAGAAUGGAAUUGCAAUAUUUUCCACUUGAUGUUCAAGAACUCUCACUUUCAAUUACAACAUCACAUUCAAGCAAAGAAAUGAUCUUUGUGAAGAAUCUUCAUAAACCAUCAGGAACAAACCGACAUGUUUUUACAGAUCAACAAGAAUGGUACCUUUUUGAACAUGUAGAUAUCGAAAUAACAGAGAAAAUCGAAGAAUAUCUUGAGGAUGGACACAACUAUUCAGUAGUUAUCUGCUCAUGUCAUGCUGCACGGUAG